ACGACGCCUUUGGAGCGCAGCUAGCGGUGGUAGCGCCGCCUUGCGGAGGGCGGGUGAAACGCUCAAUCUAGCGGAGAGUUGCGGCAGCGCUCGGGUGAAUUGGGCGCUCGAAACCUUUAGGCGCCAAGGUAGAAUAGGAAGUGGACGAACGGUGCGGUGCUGCUUUUUGGGAACCGCGGCUGAGGAGUUUCUCGCGGUGCGGUUUUUAAAACGAAAACGACGACCAUGGCCGAGCCUGGCAGCCAGCAACAUGAGGGUCAGCACAGGCUCUUCUUAGACUCGACGGCUCCGGACAGCGCCCGGUGUCGGAGGGCGACGCUCAGGAGAGGCGAGAGCAGCGGCGCCGAGUGGCGGAGCUUCGACCACGGCCGUCCGGAGUCCGACGAGGAGAACGAACACGACGGAGAACAAGCGGUCGAGGAGAACCCGGAAGAGGUCGACCCAGGGGUCCAAGAUUCGGAUGGCGGCUUCUUCGAAGACUUCACCGCCCUCUCAUGGAAGCAGGAGAACCGGCGCCUGCAGGCAUCGCGAGAGGAUGACGCCGACAAGGAAAAGCCAAUACCGACUGAGACAGAGCUCGGUAUCGCACAUCAGGAGUACCAGAUUAACAAAAAAGAGUGGGAGGAGCUCUACGUGGAGGUGCUGUACACGGUGGAGCACAAGCUGGGCUGCUCGGGCGGCGUCAGCCCCGGCGAGCUCCACGCGUACGCCCAGGCGGCGUUCGGCAUGCCCUCCGACAGCCACCGGCGCCUGCUGGGAUUGGCCCGAGAGGAGAAGCCUCCCAUACCCGUGCUCAACGUGACCGUGGUCGAGGCACAGGGGCUCGAGGCUAAGGACCCGAAUGGAUACAGCGACCCCUACUGCAUGCUCGGAAUACAGCCAUGUUUCAACUCUGACCCUCAGAGGCGCCGACGCCGCAGCAGCAGCGCCACUAGCGGCUGCGGCUCGGACGAGGAGCCGCCUUCCGGGGGACGUUCGCCCGCCGGCAGCGCCACUGGUUCGCCGCGGCGCUCGCUGCGUAAGCUGGGCGCGUCGUUCAAGAAGCGCGAGCCUCGAAGCGGCUCUCUGGAGGGAGCCACUGUGCCGGCAAAGUUCAUACGCACCACGACCGUCAAGCCGGCCACGCUCAACCCUCGCUGGAACGAGCGGUUUCGGCUGGACAUCGACGAUAUUUACACGGAUCGACUCCACCUCGACGUCUGGGACCACGAUGACGAGAGUUCGGUGUUCGACGCCGCGCGCAAGCUCAACGAGGUGACGGGCUUCAAGGGCCUGGGCCGAUACUUCAAGCAGAUCGCCCAGUCGGCGCGUUCCAGUCCCGCCGACACUGUCGACGACUUCCUCGGAUGCGUCAACGUCCCGCUGGAGGACAUUCCAUCAUCUGGACUGGACCAGUGGUUUCCCCUGCAGGGCCGUUCACAGCGGUCCACCAUCCAGGGCCAGAUACGGCUCAAGCUGAGCCUGGGCACGAGGGAGGACCGGGGCAUGGCCGCCUCCAUCGACGACAACUGGAAGGAAGUGGUCGAGCACCAGGAACUGCUCUGGAUAUUCAUCGAGCACGAACUCAGGCAGCUAGAGUGCCCCAGCUACGAGUGGGCUGGAGACCUGCCGGCGCCGGCGCUGACCAUUCUCCAGCAGCAUGCCAUACAGGGAGACUUGACGGAGUUGCAGCAGGCCAUUUGCCGAUGGGUGAUGUACUCACGGAAGCACAUGGCUGUCUCCUUGGACUACGCGCUUUUGUGGCAGCUGCUGGACGACCUGGACCGCGCCUGGGACGACUCGGAACGGCCGCUGUCAAGGGACGAGGACCCGAACGAGGACAUACCGAUACGUGAAAGACUUGUGAUUCAGGCUGAAGUCAAGGAAGAUACGACUCCAAGGUUGUCGAAGAAAGAAGAUUCAUCGGCGAACCAGUACGGGCCGGAGAGACAACAAAGGCGCUUGUUGCCUCAAGAAGAGGCCUGCCUCGCCGAGUCCUUCAACGUGUUCAUCGACUACUGCCUCGAGCUACUCCAAAAGCACCGCGACCUCUUCCCCUUGACCCACGAGGAAGCCGAGCACAAGCUUGUUCACCUGCUCAAAUGUCUGGCGCUCAUCUACCGGAUGAAAGCAUUCCAGUGGUCCUGCCCCUUCAGGAACCAGCUCAGCGUCGAAAUCACAAACACGCUCAAGAAGGGCUGUGCGGACUGGUUUCGGUGCACCCACGCCCUUCAUCAACCGUUAGUUUUGACUGAACAGACGGUACUGGCGAGCCUAACCGAACUGACCAACGCUCUCAACGCUGACCUGCACAAGGGCAUCAAGUAUUACAACGCAGUCUUCGAAACGUACGUUGGUGUGAACUACACUGCAGUUGUGUACAAGCAGCUGGAGAAACUGUUGAGGGAACGUGUCGCCAGGAAACUCUGUCCUGAGGCUGGUGCUGAGCUUCCGGCCAAGGUGCAAGAGGUUUGCGGCCAGGUGAACGCCAUCGACUCGGCGGCUCAGGAGCUUUCGCAGGAACACAUCUCCAUGGGUGCCGCCCUGUUCGAGCUGUACAUGGCGCUGCAGGAGUUCGUGAGAUUUCGGGAGCACAUACCGCAGGAGGAUUGGCCGCAGCUGACCAUGCUGAACUAUCACCUUUGGUUCGCCGACUCAGUCCAAGGAUGGUUCGCGGUCGCUAAGGUCAAAGCCAGGCAAAGGAUACGCAAGGCCUUGGAACUAGACAGGAUCAAGUGCAUCGACUCCUACGUCCAACACAGUACGUCAGCUGUGGAUACAACUACAUGCUUUGGCCAAAUCAAACAGUUUUGGAGGCAGCUAGCAUGGCCCGACCUGAAAGGAUCCUACCCUUUCGUCUUCAAAAUUCUCGAGGCUGUGUGCGACGGGGCCAUGUUCUACGCCAACCUGUGCCACCAGAAGCUCCUCAACGCUGGCUACUACGACGAGGAAGGCCAGUUCGACGUCUCCGAAGAGGUGUGCAUCGUGAUCAACAACAUGGAGUACGUGCGGCGAGCUCUCAAGCCUCUCCACAACGAGCUCGAGCUGGAACCAAUCAUCGCGGCCAUCGAGCAAGCCGAAGGGGAUCGGGCUGCCGACAAGUGCCGAGCCGCGUUCCAGGCUUUGCUGCACAACGCCGACGAGGAUGUUGUCCACAAGAUCUUGACCAUAAUCGCCGGACUCUCCGAGAAGAUGCGGCCCGAGAUCAAGAAGUUUCUGUUCCACCUGGCGUGGGCACCAGAACGUCUAGAUGCUGACAGUGCGCUGGGUCCAUUAAUAGACUACCUGGACAACAACCUCCGGACGCUGUACGAGUCGCUGAUGAAGGUCAACUUCUAUCGAACCUUGGAAGCCGUCUGGAGGGUUGUGCUGCAGGAACUCAUGCUCACCGCCAGGAACAAUCUCGGGGAGCGCGUGGUAUUCUUCCAGCGCCUCUUCUCGUCUCUGGGCGUUCUCCUGGAGUUCUUCCACGCCGAAGACAAGGGACUGUCCCUGAAGUCCCUGCACAGCCUGCCGUACCAGGACCUGGACAGGCUGCUCAAAUUGCACAAGGCCGACACGGCCGACCUCAUCGAGCUUUACUGCCUGCAGAGGCUCGAGGAACAGAAUCGGCAGAUCCAGUCGGGCGCCUCGCCUUAUGGGUGGCUUACCGUACGCCUCAGCUACAACGCCGCGGCUGAGUGCCUCUGUGUGGACGUCAUGAACGCCCGGGAUCUGCAGCCUCUGGAUCCUAAUGGUUACAGCGACCCUUUCGUCAUUUUGGAGAUCCUGCCCCGGCACCUAUUUCCCGACUGCCCCCAGCAGAGGACCCGGGUGCAGAAGAAGACACUCUACCCCCUCUUCGACGAGAGCUUCGAAUUCUCUGUGGGCCAGGAAAGGUGCCGCCAAGCGGUGGCCAUCCUGAGCUUCACGGUGAUGGACCACGACAUGAUGACCAGGAACGACUUCGAAGGUGAGGCCUUCUACGCCCUGGCCGCGGUGGCGGGAGUUGAGGACUCCGUGCCCAUCGCGCCAUCGCAGCCCGUGGACUUGCCACUGUUGCAGCCAAAGGAGAAAAAUGAGAUUAUGUGCGCACUGGAGAGCCGGACGUGGGACAAGGACGCCCUGGAAUUCGUGAGGCAGCAGAAGAAGAGGAAGUCCUGAGUGGGGCUCGAGCGACGCCACACGCUCGGCGCCCCCUCUCGCCAAACCAGCAGCCCUCGCCGCCGCCGCACCAAGUGCCAUCAUCUCCUCUCUUGCCUCGCCCUGCCGCCUUUCACUGUGUCCGCUCACGACUCGUCGGGCUGCGUGCCAUUCAUGCGACUGGGGUGACUUCGUCCGAACAGGCCGAACUUGCUGGGAGAGGGAAAAUCUGAAAGCCGGGGAGCACAAGUGUGUAUGACAUAGUCCUACCUGGUGACGCCUUUCUAAGCGUUACGUUAGGCUUAGUGUUAGGCCUAGCGUCAGAUCUUUUGUUAAGGCUGUGGUCUGGCCAAGGAGAUUGGACCUGCGCGAUGACGCCUUUGUAGGCCUAACGUUAGGCUUGAUGUUAGGUAUAGCGAGAGCAGCGUUCCGGGCAAGUAGGUAAUCCAUCACUUUAGUAGGGUUGGGAACAAAAAAAAAGACACGGACAACAGAGAAGAAGAC